AUGCAGAGACGGAGUCCUCCGAAGCACAGGCACGAUGGGACUUCGCCUUUGCCCUUGGGGAUGGAUUGGAGCCCUCCUCCUCGAAAAUUGAGUGGACGAGACACGGUUUGGCCACAUGAUCCUAGAACAGGGUGGAGUUACUGUAUCACUGUUCCUUCAUGGGUUGUCCUUGCGAAGUCCAGAGAUUCAGAUCCUGUAGUGUUUUACAGGGUUCAGGUUGGUUUGCAAUCACCUGAAGGGGUAACAGUUACACGUGGAGUACUGAGAAGAUUUAAUGAUUUUCUGAGGUUAUUUGCAGAUCUUAAAAAGGCAUUUCCCAAGAAGAGUCUUCCACCAGCCCCACCCAAGGGACUACUGCGUAUGAAAAGCAGAGCAUUGUUAGAAGAGAGGAGAUGCUCUUUGGAGGAAUGGUUGACAAAGCUACUAUCCGAUAUUGAUUUAUCUAGAAGCAUAGCAGCUGCGUCCUUUCUUGAACUAGAAGUGGCUGCAAGGUCUGCAUUUCAGGAUGCAAAUCAAGAGUCUUCAGAAACAGCCCUAACUGAUGAUGCUACGCCUACUUCAUCUCAGAUACUUCCUAAUUCGAGCUUGUCUGCUCUCACUGCUACCUCGUCAGUUGCUUCCGAUUAUGGAAGUGAUACUGCCUAUGAAGCAUCUGAGAUUGGAACUCCAAGGUUAGGGAAGGAUGAAAGUUCUGAAAUCGGGAUGGAAGAUCUAGCAUUGGAUGAAGAUCUCGCAAAUCCAAUAGAAAAGCUAGUGAAGUAUGACAUGUCCAAUAUUGAUGAAGGACUUUUGAUGGGGCAUACUAUCCUAGAUCAGCUUGAAGGGUUUCCUAGGCAUAAACCUCACACCAGACAUGCAAACAAUGUGAUGGGGAAUUCCAUGUACAAUGGCAAUGCCUCUAAAGUUCAAACCCUAGUUGGCAAUGGGGUGGAUCUUUUCUCUGAGCCAGAGCAUUGUAGGGCGGCACUUGGCCAUGCUAGGAAGUUGUCUAGUGAGAGUUUUGGAAGUGAUGGAAGCUCUUUGAGAAGCAGUGAAAAUGCCGGUAUAUCAAAUUCAAUCACUGCUGAUGUAUCUCUUGACAUUGCAAGAGGAGCUGAGGUUUCUAGUUCUUCUGGAAUCCUUAGCAAGAUUGAGUCGCAGCUUUCAGGCAAUACACAAAUAAUUAUUCCAUUUGAUCAGCGUCAUAAAAUGAGCAGAGUUCUAACGGCCCUGCAACGAAGGCUAGGCACAGUGAAAACCGACAUGGAGGACCUGAUAUCAAGGUUAAAUCAAGAAAGAGCCAUUAAAGAUUAUCUCGCUAAGAAGGUGAAGGACCUAGAGGUUGAACUCGAAACCUCCAAACAGAAAAAUAAGGAAAACUUGCAGCAGGCUAUUUUAGUUGAAAGAGAGAGGCUAACACAAAUGCAAUGGGAUAUGGAAGAACUCAGGCGUAAAGCCUAUGAAAUGGAGCUAAAACUAAAGGCUAAAGAGGAUGAAAAGUCAAGCAUGAGUUUAGAGGAUGGACCUACAAAUCAGCAGAAGGACGCGGCACUGGAAGAGUUGGACAUUACCAAAAAGAAGCUUGAGGACCUGACGAAGCAAUACGAAGUAUUGGAAGUAAAGUCAAAGGCAGAAUUAAAGUUUCUUGCUAAAGAGUUCAAAUCCCUUCAAAGUUCUCAGAAGCAGUUGAAGGAGGAGCGUGAUCGAGCAAUGAAUGAGAAAUCCGAUAUUGAGAAACACCUUGAAAGUGAGAGAGAGAUUGGGGAACAUGAGAAAGACCUCCAGAAAAGGCUCCUGCAGGAUUGCAGGACUGUAUGGAGUCGACUUCAAGAAUGCAACCUCAAUCUAUCCACUGAAGAUGAUGAUAACAAUUUUGUGCUGAAUUCCUCAUCCGAAGACAUGUUCGACUUGUUGAAAACAUUUGAUGAUCGGAUUAGCCUUCUUCUUGCAGAGGCACAACUAUUAGCUGAUGAUGGUGGUGCUGAUCGCAACGUGAAGACGACAACGAACAUUGAAUUAAGUACACUGUUGGUAGACAUACUAGCUGAUAAUGCGAAGCUGCGGAAACAGGUAUACUCUGUUACUCGUCGAGCUCUCCGAAAUGGCAUGAUUUCAAGGGAGCCCCCACUGAACAUAUCAAAUGUAGAUAGAUGA